CCAAGAGCCACAAGCGCACCAAACCAAACCUUUAUUCGCUUGCCGCCAGAAUUGUCGCCUUCGCGGUGUUUUGAAAGUUCACGGAAUCGUAUGUCAAAACUGUCAAACAAACUGCGCGACGAACGGUGGUCAAAGUACCGUAACAUAUGUAAAACUGAAUGCGUUUUGACGCGAAUUUUUCACCGAUCAAAGUUCGGGCGAAGAGGAAGGAAUGUUGAUAAACUUACGAACCCCCACAUGAAUCAUUGCGUUUGUUUACAAUGUUGGGUUUUGGAAUAACUCCCGUUCACGUGAAAAAAUUAGGUCACAGUAUUGUUGAGAUACGAGUGCGAGCUUUGCUCAAUAUUAUUACCAAGUACGAUCUCGGUUUUGUGUGCGAGUGCGACGCUAUAAAAAAUGAGAUUAUUCAGGGACUGUUCAAUUGGUUUACAUUUAACACCUGUCCGCACCCGGAGAAAGUGCUAAACUUGUUGCAGCGUCUGGUAAAAGCUGAUCCCAGUGGCUAUGUAUAUGCGUUUGGCAAGUCAAAGUUUCAAAAUGAACUUGAUAAUUUAAGAAGAAAGUUGUCGCCGGAAUUUCACGAAAUAUUGGAUGAAAUUGAACAAGCUUUACUUCAACUAGGAGGAUCUACUAGAAACACAGUUAAUAAAUAUAAAUCACAAAAAUUCGCAAACCAUGAGAUUUAUAGCGUGGAAUCUUCGGGAAAUGAAAAUUCUAAAAGUUCCUCUAAUACCUUUAAUUCUGCAUUUAUCUUGAACACAACCCAAACGAAUGAAACAUCAUCAGAAUCAAAGCUCGAAAGUGGCAGACAAGUUUCGGAAUCGCCAGUAGGUGGUAUUAAAUGGUUGGUAUUGCCAUGGCAACCGCUAGUUACAACAGAUAUAGCAGUGCUUACCGCAACCGAGCAAGAGCUUAAUAAAAGCAACGAUACUAAGACCAUCUUGAACACAUGUCAAUUUAUAAUGGAUGUUAUGAUGCAAGACUUUCCAGCGGAGGUCUUUCUCCAACGACCAACAAUAAUUACAAUAUUUCACAAUAUUCUGAGAACAAACAGUAUGCUCGAAGCUAACAUCCAGUCUGUAGUUCCAACUGUAUUGAAGACUUUGCGUAAACUUACUCGAUCCUUAAGAUUUCGCAUUUAUUAUUAUUGUGAACCCUGUGUGGCAAAUAAAAAGCAAAAAUUGCUGAAUGAUAAUGCUUUCGUAUCUUUGGAAGCUGAAGAUGGCCCGGAUAGCAAUGGGCCCGAGGCUAAUUACCAAGUGUAUCAGUCGACAGGAACAAGCAAUAGGAGUCAGAGUACUAGCGAAACUGUGGUUGACGAUUCGCUUUUGCAACUGCAGCAAAUGUUUUUACCGGUUUAUUGUAUAGAGACUCUGAAAUACGUUCUCGCUCAGUUAAGCAUACCAGUUGAUACGAAUUUUCCUCUACGAGACGUUAGAUACAUCACUGACUUGGCUCACGAGUUAGUGCAAUUGUUAAUUAUUAGCGUAAUGCCCAACAUUUGGCUGUGCAAUGACGUCACGGCGUUGAGAACAAAGAACGACUUGAAAGAACUGUUUAAUCUGUUGGGAGAAGUGAUGGAGUAUUUUCGAGGCUACAGUAUUACGGAUCACUUGAGGAUAACGUACUUACAGCUCGCUACUACUAUAAUGAAAUUGUUGAGCAAUAUUGUGCCGCUAGAGCUAGCAAACAUUGUAAUACCGGAUGCCCUGAAAGUGUCCAUAAGAGGAGCUAUCAUGGACGCACCGAUGUCUCUGUUGCACCAACCAUUGCACUCGUUGCUUUUGGAAUACGCUCGCGAAUUUCGGGGCGACGAAGAAGUAGCGUCGAUAGAACUUUUUGACGAAGUUAAAACUGUUACGAGAUCAAUGGUGGCGGCUAUCACUAUAUUGAAAAAAUCGGAAGAACUAACGGAAUCGUCUGCCGAAUCUUUCUUAGAAACAUUGAAAAUAUUAUACCAGUCCACAUUGAGUUUAUCGUACCACAAAAACUUGACUGUCAUUAAGACAGCUGUAAAAUUUUUACGAAGCAGUUUUCAAUGUUUUUCAACCGGCAAAGAAACUGAAUUAGGAACAAAAUUAAUACUUAGCUUAUUGGCACACGGAGACGUAGAUAUUCAACACGCGACUUACGUCGAGUGUUACACUCUCGUUAAGAAUAUUUUGGGAGUUGAAUACGUCGGUGAAAAACUGUCGUCGGAAAGCUUGACGUUCUUACUCAGACCGAGCGUUCUCGCGGAAAUUAUUUGUCACGGAUUAACAAGCGAGGACAGCGGAAUACGGGAAAUGUCGAACGAUAUAAUAGUGUUUAUAUUAAAAGGAAAAAUACAAAUGGGCGAAAAGAGAUGGUUGCAAGUUUUAGAAACUCUUAUUCCUGUGCUGCAUCUUCUACAGUGCCACGCUGAUACUCGCACACCUUUAGGGCAGUGCAUAACAAAGAUGUUUGACCCCGACGUGUCCAAUGACAUACAGUUGCCAUUUAUCGAGGUGUUAAAAGGUAAUUUGAGAUUUCUUUACUCGCCGUGCGGCGAAAUUCGAGAAGAAGCGAUAUAUCGCCUGAUCUGGCUUCUCCAAAUGGAAAAGGAUUCUCUCAAGAAAUUGCCACGUCUGUCAUCCUUGCACGGCUUGCCUCUCGGUUCUCUUUGCAUAUUUGAGUACAAAACUUUAAGCGUUAAGCGUGCAAAAGGAAAUUAUGAGAGGAGCAAUCUGUUAAUAGUAUUAGAAAUGUUGAGCGAGUCCCACAUUGUCGAUCCAAAGAUACGAAAGAACGAAUUGGUGCAGAUUAGCGUAAUGCUUUCCGAUCAUUCGUUGCACAACUUGUUCCUUAGUAAAAACGGAUUGCCAUUGAUCUUGGAUAUUUUUAACAAAGCUUUGAUAGAAAAGGAGUGCGAAAACUAUCCGGAUUCUGUGAUACCAAUCAUCAACAUAUUGAAGCAACUCGUAUUUUUCAACAAUUCCGUACGACACGAGUUGUCGGUCAAUAUUGACGUUCUGUUAAAUGUUGUAAGAAGUCUGUUUUUGUUUCCCAACAACGAGUGUGUGAAAAUUGACGGCGCGCAACUGCUGUGCAUGCUUCUCUUUAGCGGUGACGUAAGAGUUCACGAAGAAGACACGAAGAACAGCGUCGCGUUACAUAUAUCGUUACCGCACAUUAUCGUGACAAAAAUGAAACUGCCGUUUGAAUGCACAUAUCACUGGAAGACCAGUAAACACAGACAAUCCGAUAUGGCGCUGCUUCACACCAGCAAUCCGGAAGUCAUAACUUUUAUCCGACAAUAUUGGGCGUGGAAUUGUUACGGCGUAAAGAUAUUGUGGAAAACGUUGGACGAUUUAAGGACCUAUGAGAUUUCGCAGAAAUUAAUGACCACCGAACAUGACCUUUAUUCUCUACGAAAUAGCUUUCCUUUUUAUUGCUGUCAGCAGCAGCUUUUCAAUAUUCAAAGGUCAAAGACACACAACGACGUUACGUGCGCGCUUGAUUAUCUCACAAUGUAUUUAAAUUUUUACAAAGCACUGCAACACAAGGACGAAGAUAUCGGAUCGCUACCGUGGGAGGAAACGUUCGAACGAUUUUUGUCGCUGUAUCCCACGAUCAAGGAGGACUGCGAUUUAUUUGUGGAUCUGUUGAUAUUUUUACAAUUGUAUCUGAAUGUUAUGAGAAACAGAAAAAGUUUGUGGAUCAGUAAGAUCCUGAAAAAUAUGACGGGAUCGUUGGCGGAUCUGUUUACAAAUUCGGAAGUUAACAGUCGAAAUGUUUACCAAUCGGUACUUAGAUUGGUACGCAUGUGUGCGGCGAUCGAGAGCAUUCAAGUAUUUAACGACGAACCUAAGAACACUUGGAUAUUGUUCGUGGAAUUUGCUGUUUCGACGUCUUUUGGAAAUCAGCGUUACUACAAUCUCGCGUAUCUCGAUUGGUUGUUGUCGUGUCUGAUGUAUCUGAUCGGACAGUGCGAAUGGGAAAAUCACAAGAAUCUAUUAGAAUCCCUGUGCAACGCGCUCCUAGAACUAAUCAGCUCCUUCUACAAUGCCGGUCAGUUUAAUUUUAUGGGAUUGUCGAUAACGAGAAACUCGAUAAUAUGUCUCAAUCAUUUGUUACAUCAGAUGCAAAUCUGUUUCAACAAGCACUUGUGGACGGCAUUUUGGUGCGAGGAAGAUCGCACGUUAAAGUGGUUGCCCAUGUUAUUGCGAAGCAGGGAUCCUCUGGUUCGCGCUUCGGUCUUGCAAUUCCUGGCAGGUUUGAUGAACAUAAUGCACAUUGUACCGCAACUUCUCAAUCUAAUCGCGAUGGCACCGAGUGAUCUGUGUCAUAUGUUGCUUCAGUGUGUCACCGAUCGAGAGGAGGCCUGUUUGGUGAAAGAACACGCGUGUAUAGCAUUUUGCAACUUGUUGAAAAACUGCAGUUCCUUGACUGUUCAGUGUGAACAUUCUUUGCAGUCGCAAGCUAUUUUGACGUACAUCGAGCAACAUAACACCUAUGACGAAAUCAGCGCUCUGUGUUCCAAUAUCUAUACUGCGACCACGUUAGAUACCGAACAGUCGGAAUAUCAGGACGGUGACAAAACCAACAUGCAAUCCGAGUACAUUGUACCGGUGCCGCAUAACAUAUGGCGUUUGUACAACUGUCAGGAUGAAUCACAAAUCUUGUCUCUGGAUUUGGAAGUAACAGACAUGGACAGUUCUAUGGAGUUAAUAGCGACGCCUUCGCUCGUCACGGCUGUUUGCAGUUUGUUGUACAAUUUAAUAUUCACUAUCGGACAGCACGAGGUGGUGCAACAAAUUUACGAACAUUCCGUCGACAAGUCUUUAUUCAGGUGUCUCAUGCUCGCGAAUCAAACGAACGCUGAGAGCAGAAAAACUUCAAGUCACUAUUCCAACGUAUUGGAAAUGUACGUUAGUAUUUGUACGGUUUUUACUAGCUGUUUGAUACACAGUAACGAGUACGCCAUCGUUGUUCGUUUUCCUCCGGAGUUACUCGACGUUUUGUUUCGCUUCUUGAACGUCGACUUGUGUCAAUGCGACGAACCGCGCCUGAUGUACCUACGCAAUAGACUGUGGACGGAGAUCUACAAGUUCAUAGCCGCGCUCUCGUUAACGGAAGAUCAGCACUUCGAGGCUGUUCAAACUGCGCUGCAGUUGUGCAACCCGAUGCUCGUUAUGAAUUCGAUAUGCGUAGCGAUAAAGGAUUCCACGACAGAUCUGAGAAUGAGCGCUAUCGAUUGCUUGUCCUUUCUACUGGCUCAAGACAUUCAAAAUUCUACUCUGGAAAGAAACGGGGUCUCUUUGCGCGCGGUGCUUGAUUCUCCCAAGAAAAUUAACGAAGAAGAAGAUUCACACGCGGACGACGACAAUCCGCCGAUUGGGAAGAUUGCGAUAGGCGGCGAAUUGUGCGAACUCCUGAUGAAUCUUUUCGUCGCUCACAAUUAUGCGACGUCCAAGAAGAACUGCAAACAAUCGGAAGACAAGAUCGUCAUCGUGGCUGCUUUUACUAAUUUGUUGUACGUAUCGAAGGCGGCUAAACAAACGGCGCUGGAAGAAGUUGAUCUUUCUGAAACCGCACUGAUGAUCCUGAAAGAACUGUACGUUCAACUGAAUCUUCAACCGUUCGAAAUCUAUAAGAAACACGCGGAGAAGAAGAGUCAUCCUUUGCUGAACGAUGCCAACAGUAUUUUCUUGCUUCUGCUGAACUUCAUGUACAAAAGCGCGAUUGUUAAAAUAGAUCUGGCGAGGAAAGGUUUGGCGGAUAUUUUGCACAAAUUGUGGGCUUGGAUAGCGUUAAACAAAACGAUAUCAACGAACGCCUUAAAAUUAUUGGCGUCGUUCACAGCGAGAUUACCUGCCGAAGAUGAUAUAGUCGCGCAGUCUUUGACGUUAACGACGACACUGCCGGGAACUGGAUUGAGAAAAUCGCCGACCACGUAUUCGCUGAUACACGUAGUUAUACAAAUAUCGUCCAAAGAAAUAGAAAAAGUCAACGUUUCGAUUCAACUUUUCGACAACGACAAGAUGCUCUUCGCCUUCCAGAUCCUGCGAAAUGUUUUGCGCGCUUACGAGUGCAGAGUUUGCAUUUCGAAGAGUAAUCUUCUUCAGUUUUUUACAAAAAUACAUCCCAGUGUGACCAAAAGAUUGAAACCGUGGCCGUUGGUGGAAAUGUAUUGCCUCGAGUUUGUGAUGGACUUCACCUAUUACGAGGAAGGACAGUUAUGCGUGCCAAAGGCCACUGACGCUAUGGAUGUUUUAUUGCAUCUGGCAAGAUGCUCUUCGCGCGUGAAUAGAGUUCUCGCCGUAUCGAUACUUCGCAAUUUAACGUUCAACAAAGCCAAUCGACCUCGAUUUCUUAGUUCGGUGGAUUUUAUAAAUUUGCUACACGACAUCUUCAAGACCGGAUCGUCGUGUGAGAUUAAUUUAGCUAGUUGCAUGUUGCUGGCUCUGAUCAGCAACAAUCAGAAAGGAAAGCUUAUCGCACGUAGCGCCGGAUUCUCUCAGAGCAUUCGAAAAGCUCUCGGUAGAUGCGUGUUGGACGCCGACGGCGAUAAAAAAAUGCAAAUUGAUAUGUUGAAUACGGUGCUCGAAGCUCUCAGUGUAGCUCCGUGUAAGAUACAAGAAAAGUAAAGCUGAUAGGUACAUUUAUAUUAGAGUAGGUAGAUAAUUUAUGUAAUGUAAGAUAUAAAAUUUACAUCAAAAAACCGAGUGAUUACACGUGAAUAUACGUGACUACUUCCAAGAAAAUCAAUUUUGUAAAAUAACAAUGUAAUAUUUUUAUACAUAUUGGUACAAUAAAAAUCUACACAAAAUUCGACACAAUAUUCGAUAAGUAUUGA